CGAGCGGCCACUGCCGCCCAAGCAAGCCGCAUGGACGACGGUGAAGGAACUCUGUCAAUGGCUUUGGCAUUCACACAUCCUCCACCGCCGUUAGCACGAGGUAGCAGCAUGGUGUAGAUGAUGCGAAGAGAUUGCGGAAUCGUCUUGAAACUGCGCGUGAAACGGCGUAUGCAUUCGAUGUGGCGCGUCUGGUGCGCUGUCGCGUCGGCGGUCGUGGCGCAAACUACGCCAGGUCACUUCCUUUUUAUGCCGACCCAGUACAGCCAAACGUCGUUGUGGGGUUCCGUGUCUGUCUUGGUUCAUCGUGGAUUGGGAGCCGACGGCCCAGCGUCCGUCCUAGCCUCUUCUCGAGACGGCAGCGCAUUGCAGUCGGUCCAUUACGUCCCAAUUGUCAACCAUACGCUUCGCUGGGCGGAUGGAGACGCAUAUCCUGUGGAAGUUUUCGUGCAGUUUGUGCCGCAGUCGACCAACCUGGAGAAGGACGUAUCGUUCUUCCUUGACUUACACGAUGCCUCGUCUUCAGUCUUUGCACCGCACGCGACCGCUGCGAUCACGAUCCAAGCAAUCAACGUCUUUCCAGGGGAAGUGGCCUUUGCUUCCAACACAAUGUCAACUAAAAUCCCAGCGACGUGGGACCCCCAAACACCGUUCCCCUUGAGCAUUCCCGUCCAUCGUCUCAAAGGCGCGUUUGGCCACGUCCAAGUGCCGUACGAUGCGGUAGUCGGCACUGGAACGGCAUUAACUGGACGCGACUACAACUUUGUCCAAGUGCUGCCGUUUUCACGCUUUCUAACUUGGUCGGAAAACGACAAAGACCCGAAAAACAUUGAGCUUCUCUGGCUAAAUCAAGAUGUGUACCGCCAGAACUUGACAUUCACGCUGCAGCUGUCUGCACCCACUGGUCAAGCUUUGCUUGGGGGCAUAAACGCCAUCACAGUCACGGUCGAAGGCAACGACUUGGGUGUACCGGCGGGAGUACUGCAGCUCAAGGCACCGUGCUUUCCGACGUGUCCAGCCGAAGCAUACACUGUCGAAGCUGCUUCGGCCGUCCGCAUUUACGUCGAGCGCCAAAAGGGCUCGAUGGGGGCAGUCUCGGUCACUUACUCGUGCAAGUCUCUCAUACCAGGGCAGCCCCAAACAGGCACCUUAGCUUGGGUCGAUGGUGACUCGGUUGAAAAGAGCUUUGUGCUGGUGACGUCUGGAACGAGUCCCACAAACACAGCUCAUCAAGUUACGCUCUCAUCCCCCACGAAUGGGGCCAAGCUCAAUGCGAACGCAGCAUCCACUGCCGUGAUCGUGACACCUCGUGACCAAUUUGCAGGGGGAGUGGUGGACUUUGUGUCCUUCACGAAUGAGGAGCAGCUUCUGCAGCUGACCACGGUCCAAAGCGAUAUGCAACUCAUGCCCGAAUUGGAUUACUGGGACUCGCGCAUUGGUUUACCUAAACCGGUGCAAGUCACUGCGCCAGGCUCGCUCUCACUCCUUGUGCAACGUUCUCGGGGAAGUGCUGGUGUGGCCACCGUGUGUGUGCAAACUAUUGACGGCACCGCCAAGGGAGGAGUGGAUUUUGUGGCUCAGACCACAGUCCUGCAAUGGCCGAGCGGUGAUACCAGACCUAUCGAAGUGAAAAUGACCAUACUGGCCCCUCCGUACACUGAAUUGGACUCUUCUCGGACGUUUUCAGUCAUCUUGACAAGCCCGUCCAACGUCCGAAUUGGUGCAUUCUAUGAACUGCCGCUUGUUAUUCGAGGUGCCAUGCAAACUCCUCGGCUGGUCACGAGUGUCCUGGACAUGACAGCCAAGACGCUGGCCCUGACCUUUUCGCACCCGAUUUCAUCUGCGAAAGGCGCCCUCGUCUCGAUUCUGAACCCCGACACGAAGGCCAAGAUCACAUUGACUUCGAAUUCGGUCGUCGUGCAAUUAAGUCCUGCCGUAGUGCAACUCCAACUGGGUGCACAAGAUUUUGUGCGGCUGCAACAAGCACCCAACAUCGCGACAUCGAUCGCCACGUCGGCGCUCUCGUUCGAUCCAGGAUUUGCCGACUACGAUAAUCUGCAGUGCAAGUCCACCGACGUCCGGGGCUGUUUUCAGCCGUUGAUGUUACCGCAAGCACCCAUUUUGGUGACGACGUUCAUCGCAGACUCCGUCCGCCCCACGUUGGUGCGGUUUACAUUCGAUCAGCAAUACGUGCAACUCCAGUUCUCCAAGGUCAUGGAUCGAUCUAGUUUUCAGUGGAUGCAGCUCUGCUCGUCGCUUACAGCCACAGCUUGUGUCCUCUUGUCGCCUCCUAGCCGCCUCAUUCCUCGCGGAGAAGUCACGACGACCACUUUGCCCUUCCCAGUGGACGAGACGCUCUGGAUCAUUGGUCUGUCACCGCAGGACAUGGAGCAACUCAGUGCCAGGGGUAUCGGCCCCACCCGUGCCACGACCUUCAUCUUCCUGCCUGCUGGCUUGCGGGACGUACAAGGCAAUGUUUACCAAGGCGCCACCGUGGUUCAAGCAGCUACAUCAGACUGCAGCGCAUGCCCAGCAGGCACGUAUCGGUCUCGCGUGUGCACUGACAUGGCCGACCGUGUUUGCAUGGCCUGCUCUGUGUGCGGGAGCGAUCAUUAUGCCGCCACUCCAUGCUCAGCAACGAGCAACACGAAGUGUCACCGGUGUCACCAGUGCCACUACAACCAGUACGCUUCGACACCUUGCACCCCGUUGCAAAAUCGAAAGUGCACUGCUUGUACGCGGUGCACGGACGACCAGUACGAGUACUCCGCGUGCACGACCGAAGCAGACCGAGUCUGUUUGACUUGCGACUCGUGCGUGUUGACAUCGCUGCAAGAACAACAGUGCAAGAAAAGUGCCGCAUUUGAAAGGCGGAAACGAUCUCCAUACGGGUGUCCAGCCGUGAAUGCGUAUCCGACGGAAGAAGCGAGAUUGCAACGGGCCAAGGCCAACUUGUGUGGUGCUGGGAGAUGCUCAUGCACCGGCAAUGGAGUCGGAAAUGCCAACCCCAACGGCUUUUCCUUCCCCAACGACCCGCGCUGCUCAGGACCGUCCAACUACGGCAUCCUUCUCUGAAACCCCGAAACCCGCACCCGCUGUUUAGUAAUACUAUUAGUAUUCGGCGGUCGUCGAAGUCAUGACGAUGCGAUCGACCAAUCGGUUUCGCUUGCUUUUCUACCAAUAACAAGUCCUUAAUCUCGAAUUUUGAGCCAAUCAGAGACAUAUUUUCGCGGA